AUGGAUGAACAACCAUUACCUUCUUCUGCUACCACCUCCACUUCUCCUCCACCCUACACCAAUACUUCCAAAGAAGAAUGGAAAACAGUACAAUUUUCGAAGAAGAAAACAAAUCAUUACAACACUGCUACUCCCAAGAACUAUACGGGUAUGUUAUUUCCUAACCCUCCUAUUACUUCCUUUACCCACUUAAAUUUGCAUAAUGAAAAUCCUACCCCUAACCUGCUGAAUAGCAAUAAACCAACUAUAAACCCUUCUUUAGCUAAUAAUCAUUUUGCUUCAUUAAGUAAACAAGAUUUGGACAAAUCUGAUCCACCACUUCCACAAGCAAAAAAUCCAAACUUCACCCCUUCCAAUACUACUCAAGUACCUACUUCUUCGGUCAAAUCAGCAUUUGGUCUUUCUUCAAGACCUAUAAUAAGCCAUGCAACGGGACACGUCCACUUAGCAACUAUGCACACACAGUCACCUCCUCACCCUAUCUCACCACACAUGCAAACCCUAGACUCAAACCUACCAAACCAUUCCACAUCUGCAUUACCCUCAUCCCCUUGCCCUAAACCUAAUGUUAUAAUUCCCAUGCAUAUAGGCAAUGAUAAUUUGCCUAACUCUGCUGAAGCCACCAAAACACUACUUGCACAUCAAUCACUCACACCGCCCUUGUCCUCCAUUGGAGCACCACACCCUAAUGAGAUUUCAUGUCUGGAGACUAUUAAUCAAAUGCCAUCAAAUCCUAUCGUCCACUCUUCCACUAAGUCCAAACUUUUACAAAAUGUUCUCUCCAAAUCUCAACUAUCUACGAAGACACCAAGCCAACAGCAACCAGUCCAACCACCGCCUGCUACACAACAACACACCCCACUCACGUCCACCCCCACAUUUGAUAAUGGAACCAAACACCAUUGUCUACACUGUACAAACUCCACAUGCACCCACACGGCUCACAUCUUGGCUCGAGACUGGCCUUCAGAAUCAUGCUCUCACAUUCACGAUGGAAGUCAAUCGCGAGGAAGUAACAAUUCUUGUAAAUCACCCAAGGGACCUUGCUCAGAUAGUCAUGGAAGGUAUGCAGCUGGGAAUGGAGAUCUAUGGCAGGUACCACUGGUCGAUAACCCAGGCACCUCACUUGGGGCCAUACCAACAGCCUCCCCUUCCCACUCCACACUGGGACCCCUCCUAUCUCCACCCCCAUAUUCUCCAAAUGCCCUAUUACCCACAACCACACCACACCACUCCAUGGAUACAACCAUAUUGGGAUCCUCCAGUACCUCCAACCCCAGUAUCAUCACCCAACAACUCCCCCCACGCAGUCCCAAUCAAGCAGAACACGACCAAAACCUUCAAGAGGAACUAGAUGCAGCCAUCGUCUACAGCAGAGAAACAAGGCCAAUCCAUGCACUACUAAAUGGCAUAAAAGUCUUUGUCCAGAAGGAGGAGUACGAAAGAAAGAUUUACAUAAGGUGCCCUCCAAAUCUUCUCUCCACCUCCUUCCGUCUGAGACCCACAACCAAUCCAGCAGUGGGGAAGUAUGCGAUGCUGUUGAUGCCCACUUUCAUUCUUCGCCCAGGGGAGACCAGUGAUCAGACGAGUCACAGGGAUAGCCAGGGUGUCCAUUCAGAUGAGUUUAGGAGAAAUUUUAGGUCUCUCUUAGACUACAACACGCCUUCACUCGCAGUGCUUCUGGAAACACACAGUCACAGUAAUCAAGCUAUCAAGGAUGAUUUUAACUUUACAGGAUUAAUAGAGGUUCCAGCUAUUGGCCAAUCGGGGGAAAUUGCUAUACUAUGGUUGGCAGACGUGCUGCAUGUGGAGCAUGCUGACUCACUGGCCAAGAAAUCCACUGUAAAGUUCAG